AAGCUAACGGAGAGCAGACCAGCUACAUUCCACCAUCAGACCUAGAAGCAUCAACAUGAAAUUGCUCAUCAUCACAGCGAUCCUGGGCGCGUGUGCCGCGGGCCCCGCCCCCCAAUUUCUGCCCCAGUACAGAACCGCCCCCUCCUACUACCAGGACGUCAGGCCUAGGGCGUCACUGGAGAGGAACGCGGCCAUCUUGCGGUCAGUCAAUGACGUCAGUGAACAGGGAUACCACUUCGCGUAUGACACUGAGAACGGUAUCCAGGCUGAGGAGACCGGGGUAGAAUCCAACGGCAUCCAGGCUCAAGGUGGAUACUCCUACACUGGUGAUGAUGGACAGGUAUACAGCGUGCGGUACACAGCUGACGUGAACGGCUUCCAGCCCCAGGGUGCCCACAUCCCCACCCCUCCCCCCAUCCCAGAGGCCAUCGCCCGCGCCCUCCAGGAGAACGCCAGGGAUGAGGCCAAUGGCAUCUUUGACGACGGCAGCUACAAUGAAGGCAAAUACAGCCCAGGGGUGGUGGUCGCUCGCAACUACCAGCAGCCCUCGGCUUUCAUCCGUCCCAGGGUUCAGCCUUACCGAUUCUAAGACAAACUUGCAUCUGUAUUGACAUGAGUUCCUCAAUACUUUUUAACUGAGAAAUUGAGGACCUCCUCUUUUUGAAAUCGGUUAAAAAGUGUUAAAAAACUAGAAAGAGCUGACUAUAUUAAUAUACUUACUUAAUUUUAACUUCAUUCUUUCGCUAUUUUAAUAAGAUCGCUGUCAGAUCAAUUUGCCUCAAAAAAAUAAUUUUCCAAUGGAGUUUGAACUUUUUAUCUUUGGGUAAAGGUUUAAAAUCGACGAAGGUUUGUUUUGGGUAAGUUGACUAAGUUAUUUCUGUCUUUGAAAGUAUAGUUUGUAAUCAGUAUUCAAGUUUCAAAGUAUUGAGGAAUUCCAAAUAUGGAUAGUAUAGUGAUGAAUGUUAACCGCUUAGUGCCAUGACUUAUAAUAAGUUUUUAGUUGUAUUAUGACGCAAUCAAAGAAUAAAUAUUGUACACUUCUUAAAA